CGCUUUUUCGAGCUUCUUUGGACUCAGCCCGGCGACUGACAAGACACAGCCGGCGGCUUUAGUGAAGAAACAAAUGAAUGACGAGGUGGAAUUCAAUUAAUGUCCCAAUUUUUACUUUUGCUUUGUUGUUCGACAUGGGCUUUCGGGUUAUUUCAGAAGAGGAAGGAGGAGAGGAAGAGGAGGCUGGAGAAAAAGCGGAACAUAAUAAUUGAACAAAUGGAAGAGUUUCGGAACUGAUGUAGAGGAAAGGUAGAGGAGAGAUUGGAGAGGGCGGCCGCCUGUGGAAAGUUGGGGAGGUAGAUAGCAGAGCGGAACGUGUGAAAGAUGCAGGUUCAGGACAACCAACUUUCCUCUAGUAGUUGCUCCGUCUGUUGCAUACUCAGUUGCAGUUGCAGCCUGCAAGAAACAUAUUUUGGUUCGAGAUCUUUUCCAAAUUUCUCAAGACGAUUCAGACCCUUUACUGAUACGUUCUCUUUCUGAUACAGUCUUGAGAAGUGGGUUUCUUAAGAUUUUCUUUGAGAAGCUCGAAAUCAAUGGCCAUGGCUAUGCAAGUUACUGGGAUUGCGUGCUUCUCAUCUUCUGGGUUUUCGCAGAGACAUCAGAGGAGGAGCUUUCGCCGGAGUGCAGCUCCCAGAGCUGCUGCUUCCGAGGGAUUGGCCACUCCGAGUGUUGACGAUAACAAGUUGAAGUUAGGAGGGUCGGAGUUGAAGGUCACGAAGGUUGGAAUCGGAGCUUGGUCUUGGGGUGAUACCAGCUACUGGAACAAUUUUCAAUGGGAUGAUAAAAAGAUGAAGGAUGCUAAGGAUGCUUUCAAUGCCAGUAUUGAUUGUGGCAUAACCUUGUUUGAUACAGCUGAAGUUUAUGGCUCUAAGUUAUCAUUUGGUGCCAUCAGUUCUGAAACUCUGCUUGGAAGAUUCAUCAGUGAAAGGAAGAAAAGGGAACCGGAAUUGGAGGUGGCUAUUGCCACCAAGUUUGCUGCAUUACCAUGGAGGCUGGGACGUGAAAGUGUCUUAUGUGCCCUUAAGGACUCCCUAAGCCGCCUUGGGGUAUCCUCGGUUGAACUGUAUCAGCUCCAUUGGUGCUCUUACCGGAAAGUAUACGCCGAUGAACCCACCAAGCGGACCACGAGGCAGGAUUUACACUCCGGAUGUUCUAACCAAGGGUACAUAGAUGGUCUUGGAGAUGCAGUAGAGCAGGGCCUAGUCAAAGCUGUUGGUGUUUCAAACUACAGUGGUAAAUCUCUUGUUUCAACUACUAAACCGUGAAAGCCAGAGGAAAAUGGAGUCAAAGCGACCUGUGAUGAACUGGGAGUCACCGUCAUAGCCUACAGUCCAAUUGCCCAAGGUGCUCUUACCGGAAAGUAUACGCCGAUGAACCCACCAAGCGGACCACGAGGCAGGAUUUACACUCCGGAUGUUCUAACCAAGCUCCAACCACUAAUAAAAAGAAUUGGAGAAAUAGGUGGCAAGUACGAGAAGACAAACACACAGGUAGUGUUGAACUGGUUAAUAUGUCAGGGGAAUGUGAUUCCAAUCCCAGGCGCCAAAACUGCUGAGCAGGCCAAGGAAUUUGGGGGUUCAGUUGGGUGGAGUCUUUCAACUGACGAGGUUGAUGAACUGCGGUCCAUGGCAUCAGAAAUAAGCCCAGUUAUUGGGUUCCCUGUUGAAAUGCUAUGAAAAUUUGGUCCAACUGAGAUGCCGAUGAAAUAUUUAGUAAACACUAGCCUGUCUCAUCGUGUAACGGGAAUCAAUGAUAAAUAGUCUUCAUGUCAUUGCUGCGUAUGAAGAACAGAACAUAACAGGUUUGUUAAUUGGACAAGAUUUGGCCUGCUCCAAGCAAUUGUAUUCAUCCCAAAUCGAAUGAUCGCCGAGUCACAGUAUCAUUUACUUAGCAGCUGCUAGCUGGUUGGUGCUAUUGUAAGUCGGAGAACAAAACCACAACCACCACCAGCUGCCAUAUGUAAUCACAGUAAGAAAAAACAACGAGUCCCUGUUUAUCUCUUCGCUGUAAACCGUAGAACCUUGUGAAAGCAAAGCAAACAGAUUUUGGCACCUAAUCUUC